GCACUAUCGAAACCGGAAAUUAGAAAACGAGUAGAUUCGUUCUUGCACGUGUGAGAGGCUAGAUAGCACAUUGGCAGAUCCACGACUUCACGAUGAAGCGACCAAGUAAGUCAGCAGCGUUUACAAGUUAACCACUCUGUCUACUCCCGAUGCUGUUAAUUUAUACUUUAGGGGAAUCUUGGUGGCUUUAAUUGGAUAACUCCAGAUGACCAUCCAACGGUGGCAACAGUCACGUUUUGUCAGUUUACUUGAGCUUCGCCUUAAACUCAACUACACAAUCCAGCUAACAUCACGUUUUAAUUUUUUUCUCUUGUUUACAGAGCUUAAAAAAGCAAGUAAGCGUGUUUCCUGCGCCAAACGGUAUAAAAUACAAAAGAAGGUAAGUGUCAGAGUUUGUCACUUGGUACUGUGAAGAAGAAGGGGGCUGUAUGAACAUUUUGUGCUCAAAAUCAAAGUUUAUCUCACGAUUUCUAAGUUCAUUUAUAAAAUUAGUAACACGGUGUGGUAUGUUUAGGUUCGGGAGCACAAUAGAAAACAGAGAAAAGAGGCCAAGAAGAAAGGAGUGAGCAAACGGCCGAAGAAGGAUCCCGGGGUGCCCAGCAGUGCCCCCUUCAAAGAAGAGGUCCUGAGAGAGGCAGAGCAGAGGAGACAACAGGUCAGACACCACACUUUACCUCUAAAUCGGGCCUUCCUUUAAUAUGGUAGAUUUUUUUGCAGUGCAAAACACUAUUCAUGGUUUUUGUCUGACAGAUUGAAGAGGAAAAAGAGAGACAACGCCAAGCCAAGAAAGAAGAGCGAGCCCAGAAAAGGAAACAAGAGAAGGAGGAUGCAAAGAAAGAGCCUAAAGCCAAGAGGGCUCGGCAGGUGAGUAGGAAAACGCUAAAAUCACCAGUUAAUAAUCACUCUGUGGUUGACUUACUUCAAUUUUUUUUGUUUGUUUAGGAUGAAGAUGAUAUCCAUUCACAGAAAAAGAGCGGCCCAGACAGAAGCUCAAAGCAGUACCUUUGCUCUGAAUUAAACAAGGUAAAACGAUAUCUAGUUAGUCUUAAAAAGCCACAACAGAAGUUAAUGACACAAAAAAAAGUGGCAAUGCAAAAAAAAAAAGUUACUUACUGCGAAAAUAAAAGGAUGCAAAUUUAAAAAAAGCCACAACGGGAGUGCACAGUGUUUUACGAUCUAGGCACAGAAGAUGAGCUUAGAAGUAAGUGAAAAGGUUGUUUAAUUUCGCUUCGUGAACUUUUUAAUGUGUCAUUUGUUUAGGCCAUGUAGCGCCUGAGUCGAUAUGAAGUUAAACUGAAGCUAAAUCAUUCAUUCAUGCAUUCUUUUUUUACUUGCAGCAGUGGCGGUUCUCAGCCACCAUAUAAGAAAGUGACUGACCUGAUACUCUUGUUUACACUGACCUACCUCUUUCCUUUUACUUGUCAGGUAAUAAAAGCAUCAGACAUAGUGAUAGAAGUCCUUGAUGCUCGUGAUCCAUCAGGCUGCAGAUGUCCACAGCUGGAGGAGGCUGUGCUACAGAGUGAUGACAAAAAGAAACUGCUUUUUGUUUUGAGCAAAAUAGGUAAAUUGAUAAGAGAGUUUUGACAAUCAUCACAGAAAAAAAAACUGGGGUUUUAACCCGACCCAAAAUUAAAUGUUAAAAACAGGUUUUGAGAUGUUUUGGAUACUUUUGUGUUGCAGAUCUAGUACCAAAAGAAAAUGUGGAGAGGUGGAUGAAGUGUUUGCAGCUGGAGGCUCCAGUUGUGGCAUUCAAAGCAUCAACACAGAUCAAGGACAGAACAGUGGGAGUAGGUGCAUUUUAAUGACACUUGUUAUAUUUUUUUCAACUGUACUGUAAUCCUUGACCAUCUUGCCCUUAAACCCAAUUAUAAGUGUCUCUUUAUAGACUUAAUUUAUUUACAUUGGUUAUAGAAAAUGGGUAACUGUUAUGGGAGGUAGUAUAAGCAAUUCCAAUACCUAGAGCUUGCAUAAACAGGGCCUGGGUCUUUUAUAGGUUUGAAAUGCUUUAGAAAUGUAGGGACCACUUUACUCAUGUUUUUGUGUGUUAAAGAAAUGUAAUGUAAGAAAUGCAACCACUAAUAUGGAGGACUGAGAAGGUUGAGCAGCCUGUACUGUGCUGUUAUAACUGGUUAUAGCCUCCAACAGCAACAGACAAACAAACAACUUUGUACUUGGUUCUGUCUCUAUCAGAGCUGAUUUUUGUGUUUGUGAACAAAUGUUAUUAUAAUUAAAUCGAUUUUGUUUUCGUGGUUUAGAAUUGAAUUGUGAGUAAAUUGUGUAGAGUUUGAUCCCUCGUCAUCUAAGAAACAAACAAAGAAUGGGGAAGUGUUGAUUUGAAGAGGGGUUUUUUUUAUGUUUUAAGUGUUUGGUUCUGUCUUCAUCAGCAAGCCAAGAAAAGCCGGAGAGUGGCCUCUAAUGAGGUCCUGGACAAAUCCAGAGGAGCAGCCUGCUUUGGAAACGGUAGUCUCACUGAACUCCUAACACGGUUCGCUACAAGCUUACAGAAUGACGCUACUCUCAAAGUGGGUGUAGUUGGUAAGUACGACUGGUCAUUUUACAAAAAGUCAUUUCAGCCAAGUAGAUGAAUGAGUUCUGUGGGGAAUUAAGAUUUUUAAUUUGUCUUGAUCAGCUCUGACCUAUGGCUGUACAUGUGUAUGAUUGGUUCUUUAAUCCUUGUUACUCCUCUACCUUCAGGUUUUCCUAAUGUUGGAAAGAGCAGUCUUAUCAACAGCUUGAAAGGGAUCCUUGCGUGCAAUGCAGGAAUGAAGAGAGGCAUCACAAAGUGAGCAUAAAGACCCUCUCUAAAACAAGAUUACUGUACUGUUUCACAUAUUUCUUGAGGUGUUUAUAUUUAGCUUCCCCUUAAAGUCAUAUGCCUCCUGUUUACACCCACCAGAUUCAUGCAGGAGGUGCACAUCCUGAAGAACGUGAAGCUAAUUGACAGUCCAGGAGUCUUGGCAUCAUCGUCCAACUCACCUGCCACCAUGGCGCUGAGGAGCCUACAGGUGGAAGAGGGUCAGGAGAGUGUGCUGGAGGCCACCAGGACUUUACUCAAUCAGUGUAGCAAGACUCAGGUACGAGGAGUUAUCACAGGAGAUACGUGUGUAGUGCUAUGGCAUGCAUUGUGCUGCACUGCUGGAUAGAUCUGAGUGUUUUCAUCAUUUUGGCGCCCCUGUUCUUGGUGUUUCAGAUCAUGCUUCAGUACAGCAUCCCAGACUACAGAAACUCACUGGAGUUUUUAACUCUGUUGGCCAAAAAGCGUGGAUAUCUGCAGAAAGGGGGAGGUCCUAAUGCCGAGCAAGCAGCCACAGUUUUUCUGAAUGACUGGACAGGGUGAGUUUGGGUGUUCUUCCAAUGGAAGCUGGGCUGCUAUAAUGAUUUUAUAAGGAAAUGAGGACAAAAACGCAAGUCUGGAUUUCAUCAUGAAGACUUCUAAUCCAACUCUGAUCCUUACUCUGUACUGGACUGCCUCUAGCUAUUUGAAUUAAUCAACCAAAGAUGUCCUGAGCUAACAGAUAAAUGUGUCUCUGGUUUGAUGUCUCCUCAGGGCCAAGUUGAGUUACCACUGUAAAGCACCAGAGAACCCCAGCCUCCCUGCCUACAUGUCUGAUGCUGUGGUCACGGAGAUGAAGAGUGGCUGGGAUUUGAACUUUCUAAAAAAGAGCAACGAGGAAACUUUGAGAGGUCAGAGAUUUUUUUUAAACCAAGUUUAUCCCUGAUUAUUUUCUUUUCACAGAAAUGAGAUGAACUGAUUAUCAACUCAUUAUCCUCCACUUACUCUUGUUUUGCUUAAAAAGGGUGUCUAUGAUGACAACACACUAAACUGUCACUGCAUUGUUCCCAUAGCCCUUGAAUGAGUCCCUAUGAACUGUUCUUAGUUCAUACAGUCCUUUCUUGCCAAUAAAUCUGAGAGCACUGGAAAUCACAGUAGCACCCCAGGAGAGUUGGAAUGAGAGUUUUUAAACUCUCGACUUUUAAUGUGUUUCUGUUUUUCUUAAAGCACUAAAACAUUCCUUUCUGUUUUGCCAUUAACAGUUAUCUCUGUUAUUUUCUUGUUGUUUUUUAAGGGGUCAAAUUCCCAAACCCAGCUAGCAGUAUAAGCUUUACCUCUAAAGGCCCUACUGCAGGACUGCUGAGUGUCAGCGACCCUGCCGAGGGGAGCGCCGGUGCUACUACAACAGAUGCAGAAGAGGAGCAAAACGAUGAGAAUAAUGAGGUAACUUUAGGCUGAAUUUUUGUGCUUACUUGUCUUAGGAUGGGAUAGAGCGAGCGCAGACUGCACAGUAAUUAUUCAGUCUUGUGAUUGUGGGGACUCGUAAUCAGAUCUGAAGUUUCAUUAAUGGCGCAGCUCUAGCUGCUUUAUGUAAUGGUUGAAGUCCGGUCUCCUGGAAAUGAGGACAAACUUUUAAGUCUGGAAUUUUUUUAAUGAAGACUUCUAAUCCAACUCUGAUCCUGACGGCUGGACUUAACCUGAUCGAUAACCACCAUAUCUAUCUAAAGGAUUCUUGUAUUUUAAUUGUCAAAAUAUCUGCUUUUCUUCCAGCCUGAAGAAGAUACUGUGGAUGAAAAUGAUUUGGAGGCAGAGAGACCACAGAAUAAGUCACCCGAAAGUAAGUUUUAUUCAUAGCGUCCAAAAAUGUUUUCAUCGAUAAUACCUGCCCUAUUUUUACAUCUUUUUUUGUCUUCCAGAAAAAACAGCCCGUGUGCAGUUCCAUUCAGCCCCCAUCAACAUCAGUCUCCCUGCAGCUUCAUCAGAUGACGCCUAUGACUUCAACACAGACUUUAAAUGAGCCUUGCCUCAAUAUUGUGGAAUUGUACUCACUGUUUGGUUGGCUUGCAUACCUGGAUGUGCCAGAGUUCAAAAUUAGUGUAAAAAGCAUCAUUGGCUAAGCUCCUAGGCCUGGACUCACCUUUUGUCAUGGACUACAUUUUUCACUCAAGAAGAGUAGCUCCCACCUAGGAAAUGGAUUUCAUCCAUUCAGUGGUUUUGUAUAAAUCCAGUGAUUUCUUUCCCUCUGAUGUUACUGGAGGGGAAGCAUGAUUUUAAAUGUCUAAAGGUUACCUGUAAUCUAUCUGUCGGCACAGAAAACUGUAAAUAGAUCGCAUAUGUAAUAAACCUCUAUGAAGACUUCA